AUGCGCAAUCUCUCGAUUUUGUCACAUCGAGCGAUACCGCUGGCCUCGGAGUCUCCGCUCAGGAUCGAAGCUACGACGACCGACCUCGACGAUGGAUCCGUCUAUGCAGUUGCGACAUCACGUACAUCUGCUUCGGCCGCAGAUGUGACCAUACGCUUCCUUCGUGCAAGCGAUCGGGGCGGAGCGUUCACACAGUUCAACUCGCUGCUCGUGCCUGGCCGCUUGCAGCCCUUGCCAGGUUCUUCAACAUCAGUCGCUUCCACGUCCGGUCGCAGCGACAGGGACGUGAUCGACUUCCACUACCUGUCUGACGGCGGGCAAGAAGUUCAAAAUAAGCCAGCGCUCUGCACAAUAUCGGCCGGAGGGGAUCUACUGCUGCUGCCUGCGCCGGCUGCGGAUGACUUCCAGGACAACGUUCCCGCAUCCGAGCCUGCUGUAGUGGGCACCAUCGAGCAGGGCAUUGCAGCCGCAUGCUGGAGUCCAGAUGACGAGCUUCUCGUAAUCGUGACGUCGGAGACACCGGAGAAUAGCUCAUCAACAGGGAGGAGAGAGCCCGAAAAAGUCCUUCUCAUGACUCGCGACUUCGAAGUUCUUUCCGAGCUCAGCUUACGCACCGACAACUUUGGCGAGGAUGAGGCCGUCGACGUUGGCUGGGGAAGCAAGGCCACCCAAUUCCACGGAUCCGAAGGCAAGGCCGCAGCAGCAGCAGCAGCUGCUACCGCUGCAGCGGCGAAGGAGAGCAAGACCGACACUCGAGGACCAAAGCUCCCGGAUGACGACGGAAGACCACGCAUCAGCUGGCGUGGGGACGGCGCAUUCUUUGCCGUCAGCUCGCUCGAACCGUUCCACCCAUCCGUAUCCGACAGUACGAUAGAAUCCAUCUGGCACAGGAUCAUUCGCGUCUACUCACGAACUGGCGCACUGUCCGCUACAUCGGAUGCUUCCGUAAGAGGCAUCUCUCAGACUCUUGCCUUUCGACCCAUCGGCAACCUCAUUGCAAGCACGCAGAAAUUCGGCCCGUCAGACGUUCAGGGGCAGAUGUGGAGUCAGGGCCGCAAAGGUCGUCACGAUGUCGUCUUCUUCGAACGCAACGGGCUUCGUCACGGAGAAUUCAGCCUUCGCGAGGAAUCGGCAUCGCAGCCGCAAGGCUCGCAGAUCGGGUGGACCGAUGCGCAAAAGGAAGGUCCAUGGAUCAGAACUCAUUUGGUUCGAGAGCUUGCAUGGAACGCCGAUGGUUCAGCCCUUUCUGUUUGGCUCAUUCGAGGCGACCAAGCCGAACCAGCACACGACGUGGUUCAGAUCUACACGACGGGCAACUAUCACUGGUACCUCAAGCAGGAGUUCGUCGCGUCGACGGAUAGCGGCGUAGAGCAAGUCAAAUGGCAUCCAGAGGAUCCGUUGCAGCUAUCUGUCGCUCACUCGGAUCGGGUAGAGCAGCUAUCGUUCACGCACGAGACGGUGGCGUCCGGUGGCCGGCCUCCUGUUGACGUCGCUUGUGUUGCUGUUGCCGACGGCGCCGCGACGCUGCUGACGCCUUUCAGGAUGCAAAACGUUCCGCCACCGAUGUCGUCGCUCAGCUUGCUGACGCCCCCAGCUGACCCGGCGAUGCGAGCGAGCGCAGCAGCAGCUGUCACGGUGCCUUGCCACACCGCUUGGUCGCAGCUGCCAGGCCGUUCUCCAGAUGAGGCUGUUGGCUUAAUGGCCGCUGUCUUUCAGAAUGGCUCCGUUCAGGUUUGGCGCUUCGACUGGGGUGUGCUAGGUGGUGAGCUCAAGGUGGGCGGGAGGUCUGUAGCACAGCCGAAGCUGAUCGCGACCGUGCGAUUGCCGGAAACGCAAGGCAAGUUCUUAAGCGCCUAUCAGAUUGCUGUCGCAGGAUGGGCAUCUUCUUCUCUGACAGACGGCGAGGAAUGCAAGAUCUCGAUUGCGGUCCUGAGCUCUGCUUCGCACGGUGCUCAAGUGGAACGUCUCGACUUGACCCAGACAAAGGGCGCGGAUGUUUUGCAAAUCACCCGACAAUAUCCAAUUGAAGUCGCUGGACACGGCAAGAAGCGGGUCGUGGCAGACCCGUUCGUUUCCGUGUCAAAAUCGUCGCCAAACUUUUACGUGGAGACCGAGGACGGCGAGGUACAGCUAAUGGAUGAGACCGGUCUACAGCCGUUGACCAAGCUGGAACUGUUCUGCUCAGACUUGCGUGUCCUCGCAAGCGGCAAAGCAGCUCACACGAGUAAGAUCAUCGGUCUUGCCUCGAACGGUCGAUUGCUGGCCGAGGAUCAAGUCAUUGCUCGUGACGCAACAUCAUUCACGUUGGUAGGCAGCUUUCUGGUGUGGACCAACACAUCACACGAGGCACGAUUUUUGCCGCUCACGUCGCUGUUUUCGACGGCCACGAACGAGGCAAGAGAAGGACCUGUAGCAGAGGCGGUAGAUCUCGGUCGACGAGUGGAGCGUGGCAGUCGUAUCGUCACCGCUGUGCCGUCGGCCAUGUCGCUGAUCCUACAGAUGCCUCGUGGUAACUUGGAGACCAUUUACCCCCGACCGUUGGUACUCGAGGUGGUUCGACGCAACAUUGAUGCCAAACGAUACGGUGCAGCUUUCCGCAUCUGCCGCACGCAUCGCAUGGACGUCAACAUUCUUUACGAUCAUGAUCCACAGGCCUUCAUGGCCAACGUCGCUACCUUCCUUCGACAGGUGGCCGAUGUGGACUAUCUGAACCUGUUCCUGUCCGGACUGCGAGAUGAAGAUGUUACAACAACGCUUUACAAGCCUCUCACGUCUCAAGUUUCGGCCGUCGAUGCACCUUCAUCGGCGCCUACUCCUGCAUCCACGACCGGCAAAGUAAACAGCGUCCUCGACGCGAUCCGUCACGAACUCGAACAUCUCGAUCCACGCCGAUACAUCCAAUGCAUCCUCACAACGCACGUCCGCAAGGUCCCUGCCGACUGCGAAUCCGGACUUUCCCUUCUUCUCCGACUCAAAGACACCGAUCCGGUGACGACGGAAGAAGCCGUCAGAUACAUCGUCUUCCUCGCUGAUGCGGAUAAGCUCUUUGACGUUGCGCUGGGCAUGUACGACUUCACUUUGACGCUCAUGAUCGCCCAGCAUGCCAAGAGGAAGGAUCCACGCGAGUAUCUGCCUUUCCUGCGCGAGUUGAGGAGCUUGCAGCCUGCCGAGUAUCAGAAGUUCCGAAUCGACGAUCAUUUGGGACGUCGGGAGAAGGCAUUGGGUUGGCUGUGCAAGGCUGGGUCGGAACAUCAUCAGGAAGCGUUGGAGUAUGCGGAUAAGCAUAGGUUGUACCACGAGGCGAUCGAAUUGUACACGGCAGAGGGUGGGGCGAGGUUGAGGGACGCUUACGAGCUUUUUGGAGAGUACCUUAUGACGAGGAGAAAAUUCGAUGAUGCUGGGACGACGUUUGAGUUGGCAGGGAAGAACAGGAAGGCGCUGGAUGCGUACAGGGAGAGUACGAAUUGGACACAAGCCAUCAGACUGGCGUUUGUGGAAAAGCUGUCUCCAGCAGAAAUCGUCGCCAUGUCAAAGAGCAUGGUGGACGACUUGGAUACAUCACGUCGAUACACGGAGGCCGCUCGUAUCGCGCUCGACUACAUUCGCGACGUUGAACAGGCAGUGACUUUCCUCUGUCGAGCUGGCGAUUUCGCCGAAGCACGACGCAUCCUCACCACGUAUUCCCGACUCGAUCUCGUCGAAGUCACCCUCCACCCGAUGCUCAUCGAAGCUGCCGCGACGCUCACGGACGACCUCACCGAGAUGGGCGAACAACUGUCCAAGCAGUUGGAUCGCAUCCGAGAGUUGCGAGAGAAACACGCUCUGAACGACGGAUUCUACGGAGAGGAGAACGAUCCUGCUCUCGACAACCUCGACAUUCAAUCCGACACCUCUACUCAAAUGACCCAAUUCACCCGCUACACCAGAGCCGCCUCGAUCGCAUCGCAACAAUCCUCCCUCGCCACCUUCAGCACCAAAUCCGGCAGCAAAAAAAAGUCGGCCAAGCUGAAGAAGAAAGAGGAACGUGCCAAAGCCGGCGGCAAGAAAGGAACUGUCUUCGAGGAAGACUACCUCUACACCUCGGUGCAAAAGCUGAUCAAGGAGAGACUGGCUGCAGUCCAAACCGAAGCUGCCAGGCUCCUGCCUCAUCUCAUCUGCGCCGCAUCGACUCAGAUUAGAGCGAAGGCCAAGGAAGUCAGCACAGCUCUGACACACUUCGAAAGGGACGCCACCAGCGCAGUUGAUACCCUCUGGAGUUACAGCCAGAAGGAUGACGAUGAACGGUUUGAGAUGUUGGUUCGAUUCGAACAGGAGUUGCUGGAUAGCAAGGUGGCGGAAAAUCCGAUGAUGGCGGCAAUGGCGUUUAGAGGUAUUGCAAACAGGAGAAUUCCGAGGAGCAAGUUGGAGGUCGCCGAGAAUCGAUGGCGGUUGGUAGUGUUGGAUCGGGAUGCCUGA